UUCGUCUUUAAAUGAACUCUUUUUUUUGUUUUUUUUUUGUUUUGUUUUUGAGGAGAUAACUAACCCUAGCUGUCUCCAGUCUGACAAAGGUUAUUUGAAUGGACUUAAUCUCCCAGUAGUUGGGAGAUGUUUUAAAAACACAUGCUGUGUUUGAAUUGUGGCUGAGAGGUUUUCUUGGCAAUGUGAGGAGGAAAAUUUUUUCUGCCUCAUUAUUAUUAAUUCAUGGAUUGAGUGUUGGUUCGACCUACAGGCGUAAUAGAUUGGAACUCAGUGAAGACACAGACGUUCCUGUUGAGAGCAACCAGCUAAUGAUUACAGUUUAAAGACAAUUUCUGUGAUCAAGUUGUCAUUUGGAAGAUUAAACCCAUUUCACGAAGACUUGGAGCCUGGUCCUUGCUUUCAGGAAGCAGUGGCUUGUUUCAAGAAGCCACUUCUGAUCUAAGAAUCUACCCAGCAUGCCUAAUCAAGGAGAAGACUGCUAUUUUUUUUUCUAUUCUACAUGUACCAAAGGUGACAGCUGCCCGUUCCGUCACUGUGAAGCUGCACUAGGAAAUGAAACUGUUUGCACAUUAUGGCAAGAAGGGCGCUGUUUUCGACGGGUGUGCAGGUUUCGGCACAUGGAGAUUGAUAAAAAACGCAGUGAAAUUCCUUGUUAUUGGGAAAAACAGCCAACAGGAUGUCAAAAAUUAAACUGCGCUUUCCAUCACAAUAGAGGACGAUAUGUUGAUGGCCUUUUCCUACCUCCGAGCAAAAGUGUAUUGCCCACUGUGCCUGAGUCACCAGAAGAGGAAGUGAAGGCUAGCCAACUUUCAGUUCAGCAGAACAAAUUGUCUGUCCAGUCCAAUCCUUCCCCUCAGCUGCGGAGCGUUAUGAAAGUAGAAAGUUCCGAAAAUGUUCCUAGCCCCAAGCAUCCACCAGUUGCAAUUAAUGCUGCAGAUGAUGAUGAAGAUGAUGAUGAUCAGUUUUCUGAGGAAGGUGAUGAAACCAAAACACCUACCCUGCAACCAACUCCUGAAGUUCACAAUGGAUUACGAGUGACUUCUGUCCGGAAACCUGCAGUCAAUAUAAAGCAAGGUGAAUGUUUGCAUUUUGGAAUAAAAACUCUUGAGGAAAUUAAGUCAAAGAAAAUGAAGGAAAAAUCUGAGGAGCAAGGUGAGGGUUCUUCAGGAGUUUCCAGUCUUUUACUCCACCCUGAGCCUGUUCCAGGUCCUGAAAAAGAAAAUGUCAGGACUGUGGUGAGGACAGUAACUCUCUCCACCAAACAAGGAGAAGAACCCUUGGUUAGAUUGGGUCUUACUGAGAGACUGGGGAAACGAAAAUUUUCGGCAGGCAGUGACAGUGAUCCUCCAUUAAAGCGUAGCCUGGCGCAGAGGCUAGGGAAGAAAGUUGAAGCUCCAGAAACUAACACUGACGAAACACCAAAGAAAGCUCAAGUUUCCAAGUCUCUUAAGGAGCGAUUAGGCAUGUCAGCUGAUCCAAAUAAUGAGGACGCAACAGAUAAAGUUAAUAAAGUUGGUGAGAUCCGUGUGAAGACAUUAGAAGAAAUGCUUCUUGAAAGAGCCAGUCAGAAACAUGGGGAAUCGCAAACUAAACUCAAGACAGAAGGACCUUCAAAAACUGAUGAUUCUACUUCAGGAGCAAGAAGCUCCUCCACUAUCCGUAUCAAAACCUUCUCUGAGGUCCUGGCUGAAGAAGAACAUAGGCAGCAGGAAGCAGAGAGACAAAAAAGCAAAAAGGAUACAACUUGCAUGAAGCUAAAGACUGAUAGUGAAAUUUAAAAAACAGUAGUUUUGCCACCCAUUGUUGCCAGCAAAGGACAAUCAGAGGAGCCUGCAGGUAAAACAAAGUCCAUGCAGGACGUGCAGAUGAAGACGCUGGAAGAAAUUAAACUGGAGAAGGCACCGAGGGUGCAGCAGAGCUCUGAGAGCAGCACCAGCUCCCCGUCUCAACAUGAGGCCACUCCAGGGGCAAGGUUGCUGCUGCGAAUCACCGGAAGAACAUGGAGGAAAGAAGAGAAGAAACUUCAGAAAGGAAAUGAAGUUGAUUUUCAGAGCAGUAUUAGAAUAGAAGCUACAGAGGCUUCAGUUGAGACCACAGGAGUUGACAUCACUAAAAUUCAAGUCAAGAGAUGGGAGAGCAUGAGAGAGAUGCGCAUGCGGAAACAGCAGGAGAGGGAAAAAUCCGUCUUGACACCUCUUCAGGGAGAUGUAGCCUCUUGCAAUACCCAAGUGGCAGAGAAACCAGUGCUCACUGCUGUGCCAGGAAUCACAUGGCACCUGACCAAGCAGCUUCCCACAAAGUCAUCCCAGAAGGUGGAGGUAGAAACCUCAGGGAUUGGAGGCUCAUUAUUGAAUGUGAAAUGUGCAGCACAGACCUUGGAAAAAAGGGGUGAAGCUAAACCCAAAGUGAACGCAAAGCAAUCUGUGGUUAAAGUUGUGUCAUCCCCCAAAUUGGCCCCAAAACGUAAGGCAGUGGAGAUGCACCCUGCUGUCACUGCCGCUGUGAAGCCACUCAGCUCCAGCAGCGUCCUACAGGAACCCCCAGCCAAAAAGGCAGCUGUGGCUGUUGUGCCGCUUGUCUCUGAGGACAAAUCAGUCACUGUGCCUGAAGCAGAAAAUCCUAGAGACAGUCUUGUGCUGCCUCCAACCCAGUCCUCUUCAGAUUCCUCACCCCUGGAGGUGUCUGGCCCUUCCUCAUCCCAAAUGAGCAUGAAAACUCGCCGACUCAGCUCUGCCUCAACAGGAAAGCCCCCACUCUCUGUGGAGGAUGAUUUUGAGAAACGAAUGUGGGGGAUUUCAGGAGGCAAAUUGGAAGCUGAGAUUGACCUGGAUCCUGGGAAAGACGAAGAUGACCUUCCGCUUGAGCUAUGAGAAAUGAUUGAUAGCUGAAGGUGGUAGUGAGGACACUUUAAAAAAAAAUCGCCAAAAAACUGGACUUAGUUUCAUCUAUUGUAACAUUUACCUGAGAUGAUCAUUUCUUUAGUCUAGAAUUUGCCCCAAAUCAGAAGUAUACCUCUGAAUUAUCUGUAUGUGUCCUGGAUUCCUUGGGGUCAGAUUUUUUAAGUUACUUUAUAACCAUUUUGUCCAUUUGAUGCCAUUGUUUAUCAUCUUUUGAGAAAAAAGUUCUGUCAUACCCUUCUCUCCACAAAAAAGAGACUGAGAGGGAGAUCAAGUGAAAGGGUGCAAGCGAACUUCGUGACUCCUUGAGGUGUUUGUCAGUUUUGGCUUUUUUCUCCUUUGUUGUAUUCUUUAUGUGUUGUCUUGAUGUACUUAAUAUUACCUGAGUUUGAAAUGGAUGAAGACAGCUGCUACCAUUAAGGACCAAAUUUUAUGCUACCACUAAACAAAAAUACCCACUCAGUCUGUGUUAAAUUGUAUGUCUUUUUAAAGGUAUUUAGAGAUUCAACUAAGCUUUAAAGAGGGCUGAGCAGCUCAGGAAGCCUGUAAUGUGGGCAUAACUCUUUGGACCUGAUCUUGAUGCUUCUGCUGCUCUGUUGGCCUCUGAAGAGCAAUAUCUAAUUUAUUAUUACUGUAAUUUUUUAAAAGGCUUUAAAGUGCCUCAGGGGUCCCCUGAAACUAAUUUUCUAUUUCUGGGAUUCCCUGGAUUCAUUAUAUGAGACGGUGACAUGAUUAGAGGAAUUCUUUUUUAGUAUGAAAAUUGUCCCUUUUCUUCUUCAGUACUUGCCUCCUUGCUGGCAUUGAAUUAACACAGGGACAAAAUUUGGUUAAUUUUUUAUUUCUAAUUCUCCCAACAAACCCCUGUUGCCCAGUAUUUAUUUGGUGGCCUUUAACCACCUGAGGGAAAAAAUGAGCUUAUUCAAGCUGCCAAUAUUUAUCUAUGGGCUGUAGCAGUACACUGAAUUGUACUGUGCCAGGGAUAUUGAGAUGCUCUGGGGGUGUAUUGUAUACCUGCCAGUUUUCUUCAUUUCUGAAUUGAGUUUUCUUUUCUUGAUGUUGGUUUCCUUCAUAUCACCUCAAGGUUUAGAUUUGUGAAGGAAUAAGCAUGAUGGAAAUAAUAGUCUUGAAAGGAGAUAUGUUGUAUAUAAUCAGGAGGAAGAGGAAGGAAGGACUUACCCAUUUUGAUAUUUUGCUGUAGGUGGCCAGUUCUGUUUCUCAUAGGGAAAUCUGACCCACCUGUCAUGUUGGCUCCUAAGGAACUGCUGCUGUAAGCGGCUCAUCAAGAGUUGAACUUCACGUAGCCUUGUUGGGAAUAUGGAAAAGGAAGAAAGCCACAGGACUGCCCGUUCAGUCUUGUUAAGAUUGGGAUGAUUCUGCACAAGCAAAAAUGACUCGAAAUUUAUGUAUCGACACACCUGUACCAAUCCAUCUUCAGCUGACUGAAUGUUGUAUGAUAGCCCUUCUCCAAAGCAGGGGUAGAAUGUUCAGGUUUCGCCACGGAUUUUCUACUUAUUUCGCUUUUGGAAUCAGCUUACAGAUUCCAGGUCCCUUUUGCAUAUAUUCUUUAUUCUUUUGCUUUUUUAAAAAAUAAACUUGUAUUAGUCAA